GCGGACCGCACCCGCCGCAGUCAUGUCUGUGGUGGGCAUCGACCUGGGCUUUCAGAACUGCUACAUCGCGGUGGCGCGGAGGGGCGGCAUCGAGACCAUCGCCAAUGAGUACAGCGACCGCUGCACCCCAGCUUGUAUAUCUUUGGGAUCCAAAGCCCGGACUAUUGGAAAUGCAGCAAAAAGCCAGAUUAUCACAAAUAUUAAGAAUACAUUACAUGGAUUUAAAAAGCUGCAUGGGAGAGCAUUUAAUGAUCCCUUUAUAAAAUCCGAGAAAGAGAAACUGCCAUAUGAGCUUCAGAAAUUACCUAAUGGGAGUGUAGGAGUGAAGGUACGUUAUUUGGAUGAAGAGAGAUUAUUUGCUAUUGAACAAGUUACUGGUAUGCUAUUAGUUAAGCUUAAGGAGACAUCAGAAAGUACACUUAAAAAGCCUGUAGCAGAUUGUGUCAUUUCCAUCCCAAGCUUUUUUACUGAUGCCGAGAGAAGAUCUGUUAUAGCAGCAGUGCAAGUGGCCGGUUUAAAUUGCUUGAGACUAAUGAAUGAAACUACAGCAGUUGCUUUAGCCUAUGGAAUUUAUAAACAAGAUCUACCAGCCCCAGAAGAGAGACCAAGGAAUGUGGUUUUUGUAGACAUGGGACAUUCUGCCUACCAGAUUUCUGUCUGUGCUUUUAACAAAGGAAAAUUGAAGGUACUUGCUACUACAUUUGAUCCCUUUUUGGGUGGUAGAAACUUUGAUGAUGCGUUGGUAGAUUAUUUCUGCGAAGAGUUCAGGAUGAAAUAUAAACUUAAUGUUAAGGACAAUGGUCGAGCAUUGCUGCGGUUAUACCAGGAAUGUGAAAAACUGAAGAAGCUGAUGAGUGCAAAUACUUCUGAUCUUCCAGUAAACAUAGAAUGCUUUAUGAAUGACGUUGAUGUCUCUAGCAAAAUGAACAGGGCUCAGUUUGAACAACUGUGUGCAUCUCUUCUGGCCAGAGUAGAACCUCCUUUGAGAGCAGUGAUGGAACAAGCUAAACUACAGCGUGAAGAUAUUUACAGUGUAGAAAUAGUAGGAGGAGCAACUCGUAUUCCAGCUGUGAAGGAACAGAUUUGUAAUUUUUUCUGUAAAGAGAUAAGUACCACAUUAAAUGCAGAUGAAGCUGUUGCAAGGGGUUGUGCAUUACAGUGUGCAAUUCUGUCCCCAGCAUUUAAAGUUCGUGAAUUUUCCAUCACAGAUGUUGUUCCUUACUCAAUUACUCUGAGGUGGCAAUCAUCUUAUGAGGAAGGAACAGGUGAAUGUGAAGUCUUCAACAAAAAUCAUGCUUCUCCAUUCUCAAAAGUUAUUACUUUCCACAAAAAAGAGCCUUUUGAAUUAGAAGCAUUUUAUACACAUCCUCAUGAUGUUCCUUAUCCUGAUACAAGAAUAGGCCAUUUUGUUAUUCAAAAUGUUGGUCCCCAAAACGAUGGUGAUAAUUCAAAAGUUAAAGUUAAAGUGCGAGUUAAUAUCCAUGGAAUCUUCAGUGUGGCUAAUGCAUCUGUAGUGGAGAAGCAAAAUUUGGACAAUGAGCCUAAUGAUAUUCCAAUGGACACAGAAUUGUCAUGUCAUCAAAGCAAAGAUGAACUGGCUAAAAUGCAGAUUGAUCAAGAUGAUGGUAAUCAAAAGAGCCAAACAGAACAAAGUCAAACAGAUGAGGAAACUGAUCAUAUAGGUACCGAAGGAAAGACUGCUUCAGGAGACAAGAUUGAUGCAAAUCAGUCAAGCAAAACAAAGAUCAAGAGCAUUGAUCUACCUAUCCAUGUUAACUUAUAUAGACAGGUUGAACAGGAUCUUAUUAAUUGCUACAUUGAAAAUGAGCGGAAGAUGAUAAUGCAAGACAUUCUGGAGAAGGAGAAAAAUGAUGCCAAAAAUGCUGUUGAAGAAUAUGUGUAUGAUUUGAGAGAUAAGCUUUGUGGCCUCUAUGAAAAAUUCAUAACUGAAGAUGAUUCAAGAAAAAUAACAUUAAUGUUAGAGGAUGUAGAAAUUUGGCUUUAUGAAGAUGGAGAGGAUCAACCAAAACAUGUAUAUGUGGAAAAACUUCAGGAAAUGAAAAAAUUUGGUGGCCCUAUUCAUGAUAGAUAUAAGGAAUACGAAGAAAGACCAAAAGCUUUAUUUGAUUUAGAAAAUAAACUCCAGACGCUUAUGAAAGCUCUAGAAGAAUACGAAAAAAAGGAUAAAAAAUAUGAUCACAUUGAUCCUGUUGAUAUGGAAAAGGUUGAAAAAUAUGCCAGUGAAGCUAUGAACUGGUUGAGCUCAAAGAUGCAUAUACAGCACAGACUGAAUUUGACACAGGAUCCUAUUAUUACGGUGGCAGAAAUAAAAGCAAAAUCUAAGGAACUGGACAAUUUAUGUAAUCCAAUUAUUUACAAACCUAAGUCCAAAGCAGAACCACUGUCUAAAGAUCAAGGAAAAUCUAAUAGUGAACAAAACAGGCCAAUGAAUGGACAAAGCAGCUCUGAUACUAAAUUAGACGAUAAUUGCCAGCAGCCUAAAUCAUCUGAAGAAAUGGACAUGGACUAAGUUUUACAAUUCUUUGAGUUCAUUAAAAACAGUGCAAGUAAUCAGAGGGUCCUUUUUUUCUUAAUUCACACUACAUAUGUUCAGUUAUUUAAAAAACUUUCUGUCCUUUAUUCUUUUCAUUAGGUUUGAAAGUGUUUUUCUAUUGAGUACAUUCUCAUUGUUCAUUCCAUUAAGCUUAUUGUGAAGCUUUAGUUGAAUAUAGAUUGUAAUCAGUUUAAGCUUUUAUGAUAUAUUUUAUAUCAAAGAGGCAGAAUUGAUACAUAAAUGACAACAAUCUACCUUAUUCAAAGCUUUUAUUGUAAGCCACUGCUCCUUUAUUUAUGAAAGACCACUGUAUUGCACUUUCGAUGCUGAAGUGUAGAUUUUUGCAUCUUCAUUUUAGAAAAUAUUCAGUUUGACAUGGCUUGAACAUUGCCACAAGAAGCACUGACCUUUUUUUUAAUUGUUGUAUUGUUCUAAUAUAAAUAUUAAAAUAGAGAUUAGUUGGCAAACUAGUUCAGCUUGUUGAUGUAACACAAAAACCUGUAAGAAUUUUGUUGAUCAAUAUCCAAAGCUUGAAAGGACCUUACACCAGCAGCAUUCUUUGUCAGCAAACUAGUAACAAGAUUUAAAAUAAAACUUGUGGUCCCCGUGUUCACACGGUCCUGUAUCAUAUUUUGUGUUGAUGCUGAGAUGCUCUUAAAGCUGUAAUAGUAUGGAAUUGGAAGACUGUAACGAGACACACAUGCUUUCAUUUCUCUUAAAUACCUCUGACUUAACUGGCUUCGGUUUAUUCAGAAUGCUGCCUUUGACUGUUUUUACAAAAUGCCCUUCUUGGAAUUAAACGUAAAAACUACACACAUAAUAUAUUGUCAUCAAUUAAUAUUACUUACACAGUAUUCCUUAUUUUUUUUUACUUGGCAAAAAUAAUAUUCUUGGUUAGAGACUGUGCUUACUGAAAGUUCAUACUAGUAAUCAUUUUUGGUAAUUGUCCCAAGCAUUUGCAGAAUAUCAUUUGAUAUAUCUUUAACAAAUAGAUAAAACAAGCUACUAACAUUUAAGCUUAAUAUCAGUACAGAUGAAUCUAAAAAACAAUCUUAAAACAUGCUAAUAUCACUUAGCAAUUUUUUAAUCAAAGUAAUCAUGUGGAGACUGAGAAUCCUUCAUUGCUCAUUCCAGUUUUUGGCUGAAAAAUUAUAACAUACAAUGUAUGUAUGCUUUUGCAAAAAUCUUGUAAAUCAGAUUUCUGUUCUUUUUAUUCCACAUAUAAAUUGAUUUGCUAAAUUAUUAAAUUUUAGAUUUAACUGAAGAAAUCAAUUUUCUGCUGCUGCCAAAAAAAAAAGUUUGUUCUUCAGCAACCAGAGACAAAUUAUUUUGUCCUAAAGAGGAAUUACUGGAAUAUGUUCUUUUUCUGAGUAUAGCAUGUGUUUUAGUAUAUCAUAUUCAUAUUGGUGGAGUAUGGUAGACACUGCUUUCCCAUCUGUCCCAAUUGAUUAAAAGAAGAGUGACACAAAAACAUUUGCCAACUACUGUUCAGCCAGCCUAUCAUGCCAGCCAAUCGAUUAUAACCAAAUUGCUUUGGAAUAUAGCAUAAAUAACCGAGGAUAGUUUACUAAGGAGAACCCACUACAUAAAGCAUUAAGCACAUUUUAUAUUAUUUUGUCUUAUAUUUCUACUGUUUAUGCAAUCAAUUUUGUACAAGCAGUAAUUAUAGAAGCCUUUUCACGUAUAUAGUCUUUACCUAUGUAAGCCUGUGGUAAAUUUUGAAUAUAUGUUUAUGUUAUUGUAUAUUAAUUCAGUGUAUGGUACAAUAACAGGUCUACAUUUUAUGAUUUAUUUUAAACCUUCUAGUUUAGGGUAUUAUGCGUCUAUAUAAUGAUUUAUUCUUUCCACUAUUAGCUAUGUUUUAGUUGAUGGAUUUUUGAUGGAUCAUGAAAGGGAAAGAAGUAUGUCAUCUUUCUGUUUAAAUACUCACUUGACAUUAGACUGGAGAAUUAAUUUAAAGUGCAGUAUAAAAAUAUGUGAUGGGAUAUUAAUACAAAAAAGCACAAUAGUAUAUAAAAAGUGUACAGAACAUUCUAUAUUGAAAAAAUUGUCCUCUUAUGAGCAUAUAUAAGAAAAAGUUGCUCAAAUACUAACUUAAAGAGUAAAUAAAGGAAAAUAAAUUCCAAAAAGUUUGCGAAAUACAAAAGAAUAUGUAACCUGUAAUGACAAGCUUUUUAUGGGAUGGAAUCCUUUUCAUUAGUUGCGUGAAGUACUAGCCUUACAAGGAUAGAUAUGACAUAAACAGAGACAUGUAAAAUGAAGUUAAAUACCAAUGACAUGAAAAAGUUGCAGUCUAUGGCACUUCCAGUGUAGAAAAAAUAGUUGUCCUUACAAUAAUAGAUGUUAAUGAAAAAUGCUUAUGAGCGUAAGGAAAUCCUAAAGGAAUACUUUGUGCAAGUGCUUCGCAGUUUCAUAUGGCUUGUUUCCCCACCAGGUUUCGAAAACUGGUUUUCUUGUCUUACACUGUGUUAAACUUAACCAAGGAUAAAUUUGUUAACUAUGAUUUAUUAAGGGAUACUAUUCUGAAUACACAUUCUUAGCCAGGAACAAAACCAUCUUGCAAAACCUUAUUGGAUUCUAUCUACUAUUACAUAAGAAUUCCAGGAGAUGCUAAACCUGCCAAUGAUUGGCUAAUGUUUCACCUGUGGAAUUAAUUCUACUCUUUUCUCAAUCCUGAUAUUGGUAUAUAUGAACAUGGGCAAUUUAGUUUUACAAAAAUAGUUUUGAUACUACCUGGUUUUAUUCCUAUGUGACCAGUUGUCUUACAAUAGAAAAUUGAUUAAUAAACUUAAUUACAUUAGCUAAUUUUGAUCAGCUCCCACUGUUUAGCUAUUUAGACAUCCCUAACUUCCUCCCAUUUCCCCCUUCACAUAGUAUCAAAUUAUAUUUAAUGCCUUGUCUACCUAAUUAUAGUAAUACACUAAUUUCUUUCUAAAAUAAUUUCUUGGAAAAUACAAUCCAUUUUAAUGAACUUUUCAAACUAUCCUCAAACUAAAUUGGACUAAAACUCAAAAUAUUUUUGUGAAAAUAUAAUGAAGUUUAUUGUAGAGAAAGAGAGAAGCAUGAAUGGCCAGGGCUCCUAGAGGACAAUUAGAAACUUGCUUUUUUCUCUCUUAUACACAACCAAAACAUUAUACAUGCCUUAAAGGUUCUUCUAUUGUCAGACUUAAUAAGGAAAAAUUUUUCAGAGCAGCUUGGAUGGAACUGGGAUCUCAGCUGCCAUUUGCAUAUUAUGGAGGGUAUAAAUUUGCUAAAUUACAAUGGCUAAUUAGAAAGAAAACAUUUUAAUAAUUUAAGUCUGAACUACGGAAAGUGAAUUCAUACUUAGUUUAUACCCAUUUCAUGAUGUACUGUUUUUUAAAAGUAUGAUCUACAUGGACAUAAGUCUCAUGAUGGUACUCAACACAGACUUGGGGGAGGGGGAGGCACUUAAACACUCCAUUUGAAAGAAACACUUAAGUAUUAGCAAGAAGCUGAACUGAACUCACCUGCCAUUGUGAAAGUGAUUAGUUCAGCAAACUUUUGUAUUAUGUAGCAAAGUGUCCUCAACUUGCAUAAAUCUAUAGCAGUGUUACAAAAUGUUUCCUAUAUAUGUGAACAGAUAGACUCUUUCAUAGUGACAUGCACAAAUUGACAAAUAUGUCAAUUGACUUCUAAGUAGCAAUACAAAUUGCUAGAUUGUAUGUAAUAUAUUUUUAAUAAAUAUUUAAAUUUACUUCUUAAACUUCAA